AUGACAGUAUCAUUGCAGGACAAAUCUGUCUAUAAUUUAAUUCUCAAAUGCAUAGAUAAACAGGUUCCGGUACCUGAAUUUUUGAAUCUAUACAAGGAGUUUUACAGUGAAAAGUUCUCUACAGUACUUGGAAACGAUAAUUCAGAAAAUGACAUAAACAAUACCAUCGAGGUGUCUAACAACCUUUCUGAUGAUUUUGUAAGACUUCUUAACUCUAAGAAAUCCAUUAUUAUCGCAGAAUAUUUGACUGAAAUCCUGUUUGUUAACUACAAUAGUGAUCUGAUUAAAUCUUUUAUGCCUAAACUGUCUUCCGUCCAUGAAAACAGAAUGUUAGUUCACUUCUUUUCAAGGGCGUCUCUUCAUUUGAGAACUUUGAAGGAUAAACUAAUUAUAGAUCAAUUGAACAAAGAUCUUUCAGAUUCUAUAAUUCCAAACUUAUUAACAUUAGAAGUGGAUCCCACUGAUAAGGAAUUAAUUGUUACCUUAUUCAAAUUUCUACAAGCCACACUAAAUUUGGCAACAAGUACUAUCGUCUUAUCUGCGCAAUAUAGUGAUGGGUCCCAAGACCUUCUAAGAAAACUAUCUAAAGUUAAUAAACUUCUGUAUAGAAAAACUUCUCAAACACUAGAUACGAAGCUUUUAUUUAAGGAUUCAAAACAUAUGAUAAAGGAUACGAGACACGAAUAUAUUAGCUCACCAUCGAUUACAUCUCCACAGUUUAUUUCAAGCCCUUUGUCAAUGAUGAAGACGCCAAUGUCAACUUCAGGUACUUCAGCUGCGAAAUACAAAGACUUAAAACUGUUACGUUAUUACAAAAAUAUAUGGUUGAAUAAUAAAAUUAUCAAAUGGGAGCCUAUAAAUUCUGAUUUUUUGGCUAGAUAUGCGUCAAUAUCAAAUUCAAUAUUCCAAGAAAAUGCACCAUCGCCUCAAAUAACAGACGGACUAUUAACUGAUUUAAUUGAAACAUCGUUUACCUGUUUCGCCCAAUUUGUAAGUAAUAAGCAAUAUCAUCAAACAAAUGCCAACUUAAAUUUAUUGGAAAGACAAUGGAUAAUCUUUAUCUCGAAGCAUUUACCAAUACUGGUAUUGAAACAUUCCUCUAGUAAUCCGCAGGUAGUCACCAGUGCAUUGGAGAAGAUAGAUACAAAAGUUAUAAAAGCCAUUAAAGCAUACUAUUCAGAAAAAGACGACAUGAAAAAUAGAAAUGAAGACUUAUUUGAAGAUUACCCAACAGCAAGUUUUGACAUAAGGCACGACUUUAUAAAGUCGCUCAUUAUGCUAGGGUUACAACCUCCUCAAUUUAUUAAUGAUUUCCUUAGAGAUGAUCAAAUUCUUGAUCCUAAGUCUUUACCAACAACUGAUGACUUGUUCAUCCAGACACAACAGGGUACGCAGGAAAUUAUAUCUAAUAUCCCUACCUUCAUCACUGACUCAUUGAAUUCCCUUGAACUACAAUCAAUUCUGAAUCAUAGCAACGAACCAAACAAUGGAAUUCAUCAAGUUUUUUUAAAUUUCGAGAGUAUUUCUCCAACGAAACAAAAAGAAUUUUCUGAAAGUGUAUUAAGUACUUUAUCUGAGGCUAUUGAUUCGUUAAAUUUUCCAAUUAUAACAAAACUCUGUGCUCUAUUAAGUUUUAAUUUCUCGCAUUCUUUAACAUCAAUUCUAUCAUUUUGUACCCUUUCAGAAUUUGUAAAAUUAAUUAUGAAAUUUGUUGACAACCAAUGGUCAUCAGCAAUUGCAACAAAAAAGGAGGACUCUGAUGAUUCCGAUGAGGCAACCAAUAUGUCGUUAUCGUUUAGCUGGGCAUUACUACUAUUAAUUAAUCUACACCAAAUCUACGAUAUCUCUUUAGUAAAUGCUUCAUUAACAGACGGUAACAUCAACUUAGAAAAUUCAUUUUCUACAGCCUUCAUCAGCCAAUUAUCGGAUAUACCUGAUGAAUUUAUCCUUGAAGGUGGAAAUCCAAAAGACACUGAAGCUCAAUUGAAGUCGCACAAAUUGAUUCAAGCUUGGUUAUCGGACUUGUUCGUGAACGGCUCCAUUUCAGAUAAUCUCAUGCAAAGUACAGAUGCAAAACAAUUAGCUAGUACUGUUCCGUUCAUUUUUAAACAGGUACUUUAUGCAUUAGAAAUCAAUGCAGUGGCAGAUUUUGACAGUAUCAUUGGAGGUGUCGAAUAUUUUCUUCAACCCUUUAUGCUUUCUGGUUUGAUCAAAAUAUGUUUCUGGUUAGAAGAUUACCUAUUACAUUUAAAAUAUGCCGAUAAACAAGAUGACCUAAUAAAUAAGGUGUUUAAAAUUCUUGACACGAUAUUUAACCCUAAUACAUUGAACGAAGACUCUCAAACUUUCCACAAAGCUGUUUUAAGAGUAAACGCGGUAAGACUACUGAAAAUAUUUAGACAAUUUAAGAAAGAGCCACAGACCAAUUACGGUGUUUACUCAUCCGAUUCACAAGAACACUCUGUACUAGACUCGCUAAUAGAAAAAAUGGUAGCUGUACUGGGUUUUUCCCCUAUAUAUUAUGUGGAUCCAAGAUUACUAAGCUCUGAUAGUGGUUACUCUCAACAAAAGCCUCUUGGCUAUGAUAGGUUUAUGAUAUUCAAGGAAAAUCCAGUAAACAAAAUCAUGACUAAUCAAAUUAAUUCUUUUUGGAAUUUACAUAGUAGUACUUAUUACAAUUUAGAUUACCUAAAAGAAGUUAUUAAUCUGGUUACCCCCAUUCGGUUUUUGACUGACGCAAUUCAAACAUUAGAUUAUAAAUUAACUACCUAUGGUGUGCCCGCUAUUAGAAACAAAAUGGCAUCUAUCGAAUCAGAACACGUUUUCGAUUAUUUGUUCUAUUUCUUAGUAUUAUAUGACUGUGAAACACAAAUCGACGCUGCAAGAAUGAUACAGUUGUUUGAGGAUGAUACUGAGUACAAUGACAUUUACUAUAAAAGAUUAGCAGAAACUUCUUCCCAUACCGAGGAGAAUAUUCCAACAAAAAAUCCUGUCAAAAUGGAAGAAGAGAACAGAACAAAAACUGAAGAUUUACAAGAUGAUGAUAUUGAUAUGCUGUUCGGUGAAAAUGAGACUAGUACUCAUAUUGCUGAAGAAGAGGUCAGAAUAAUUGAUGAUGUAUUUGAACCGAAGAAGUACGACGAAGGAAGAGCACUGAAAAGAGAUUCAUUUGGCAUUAUAUUGCAUGACAUGAAAACAUUGCAUAGCAUUUCAUAUAAAAAUGGUAACAUUUCAAAGGAAGAGUACGACAGAGUUAAUAAAUACCAUGACAAAUAUCUACACAUGUUGAAAGCAUGUGUGUUUUGA